CGCUGAGCAAUGAGACAGCUGUCCGAGAGGAAGGAUCUGCUCGGCGGCUCUGCGGGUUGAAGAUGGCGGACGGCGAGACUAGUCUCGGAAUGGCCUUUUCAGGCGGAUCCGAUAUGGAAGAACCUGCUGCAAAAAGGUCGAAAAUCUGUCCGAUAACGAACAACGGAUUCAAAGUCGCUCACGAAGACCGCCCGCCGUGUUUUUCCGUGGCCAAAGAGAGCCGGGAAGCGGCGAUUAAUUGUACGCAAACAGCGGAGAAGGAAGCAAAGCCGGCGAUGGCGGUGGAGCAGGCCCCGGCAGCGCCAGGCGGAGACAACAAUGGACUGGGACUGCUGGACUUCGAGCCGCUCAUUCCAGUCGCGAAACGCGAGGACAGCGCUGAUGUCCUCGGACAGGACGAGCUGUCCUCCAGCGGACCCGCUGGCACGCCGGACCACAUCAACGAGGACGACGACCGCUCCUCGCAUGCGAGCUCCAGCGACUGGACUCCUCAACCGCAAAUAGGCUCCUACGGUUACAUCCAGCCGCAGAUCAGAGACACGGACCCAAGGACCAUUCUGAGGGAUCUGCUGCCCGAGACUGUACUCCCGCCCGAUUUAGACGACAUGACAUUGUGGCAGAUUAUCAUCAACAUCUCAGAACCUCCAAAAAGAAAGAAGCGGAAAGAUAUCAACACCUUAGAAGAUGUGGUCAGGCUACUCCAUGAAAGUAAAAGGAUCCUUGUGCUGACUGGUGCUGGGGUGUCCGUUUCAUGUGGAAUACCCGAUUUCCGCUCCAGAGAUGGAAUUUAUGCACGGCUUGCUGUAGAUUUUCCAGAUCUUCCAGACCCUCAAGCUAUGUUUGACAUUGAAUAUUUCAGACGGGACCCAAGACCCUUUUUCAAGUUUGCUAAGGAGAUCUACCCGGGCCAGUUCCAGCCUUCACCCUGUCACAAAUUCAUAUCUUUGCUGGAUAAGCAGGGCAAGCUGCUACGCAAUUACACACAAAACAUUGACACAUUAGAACAGGUGUCUGGAGUUAAGCGGAUAAUUCAGUGUCAUGGGUCGUUUGCAACUGCUUCCUGUCUUGUCUGUAAACAUAGAAUGGGCUGUGAAGCCAUAAGAGAAGACAUCUUUAACCAGGUUGUCCCUCACUGUCCACGCUGUCCAGAUAUUCCCAUGGCCAUCAUGAAACCUGACAUUGUCUUCUUCGGAGAGAAUCUUCCAGAAAUGUUCCACAGAGCCAUGAAACAGGAUAAAGAUGAGGUGGACCUCUUGAUUGUCAUCGGCUCUUCACUCAAAGUCCGACCAGUUGCUCUCAUCCCAAACUCCAUUCCCCAUGAAGUGCCUCAGGUCCUGAUCAAUAGGGAGCAGCUGCCGCACCUCAACUUUGACGUGGAGCUCCUUGGCGACUGCGAUGUCAUAGUCAACGAGCUCUGUCACCGGCUGGGCGGAGACUUUGAGCAGCUCUGCUACAAUACUGUAAGACUCACCGAGACCACUGAGAAACCCCCUCGGCUACCGGAACAGCCCCCCAGCGAGGCCUCGCCCGCUGCCGCCGAUUCGGCUCAGGAGGAGGCGAGGCAGCACAGCACAGACUCCGUAACGACGCCUUCAGAGGAGGCGGAGAGUCUGAAUGUCUCGGACGCUGCUGGUAGCGACGUGCCACCUCCGGAGCCGUGUCCACAUGCUCAGUGUCCCAGUGAAGAGACGGCUGAACCGUCACAGUUACCAACCGGAGACGUGCCGAAAGAGGAGGUCGCUGAAGCAAAGAGCCAAAGCUCCAACCUCGAAUUUCGUAGACGAUGCUGGAUGAGUCGAAUAAACAGAAGUCCAAUCAGCAAACGCCUUGAGACAGGCCAGUACCUGUUUCAAGCGCCGUAUCACUAUAUCUUCCACGGGGCGGAGGUCUACUCCGACUCUGAGGACGAGACGUCGAGCUCCUGUGCCAGUGACAGCGAGGAGUCCGACUGCAGCGCAGAGGGGGUGGAGGAAGAAAGCGAGCCGGAAGACGGCGACUCGCUGGCAGCCGAUGGAGAGACGUGCCUCAGAGAAACAUUACCGCACGCUUUAGCCAACGAGGGCGCGUCAAGCGUGCAGAAGGACAGUACGCCUGAAAAGACACAAAGCACCACACACCUUUAAAUGUAAAGUAUCCGGUCGACAAAGCACUAAUCUUUUUAUAUGUCUGUGUGUGUAAAUAUAUAUAUAUUUACACACAUACAUAUGUGAGUGUCUGUAUAUCUAUACAGUAGCAUUCAAAGGUUUGGACACACUUGAAGUUUGUGUCCAAACCUUUUGACUGGUACUGUAUAGGUUUCGUAUAUUUUUGACUCAUCUAUUAUUUUUCAUAAAGUGGAAAUUGCUUGACAACUUUGGUGACAACGGCAAGUUUUUCUUCUGUGCCCAGUUUGGUCAAAAGCAUUGUGUCUGAAACGUCAUACUGUAUACUACUUGCUUAAUAGAAAGUCUUUUUAAGAUUUAUUUUUUUGCUCAUCUCAACUUCUUUCACUGUUUGAGAAAUGCUUCCGAGACAUCACCGCAGCAUGCUGAUCUAGCAACACUAGACGUAGCUUUGAUUUCUAACUUGUCAUUACCGGCAAAGCCUUUAAAAUGUCAAAUGUCUUCAGCUGUGGUCUAAUUACGUGUAUUACACUUGCUUCUUCUUCUUCCAGUUGAAAAAUGUGUAAAUAUGUGAGCCUUCUGCCUGUUAAAUAGGGGAUACUAUGAGUUUCAGACACAUACAUGAUCUUCAGAGCGUUUACUUGAACACAUUAUUUAAGUUGCAAUAUAAAAGUUCAGCACGGCACCUUAAGGGUAAGUGCUAGAAUGAAGAA